ACUGCUAUUCAUGUGUAUAGACUCCACUAGGGACGGUUUCACUCUGAUAAUAAAGUGGUCUGCUAUAUGCCAAAUUUGCUUACAAUUGUUUGUUUCAAAAAUGAAUUGCUAGCACAAUAUAUAUGCAUGGUUUCCCCAUCCUAAUUCAGAUACACAGUUCUCUAUUUUAUAUAUAUAUCACCAUUAUUGUUAACAUUUUCUCCCUUGAUCACUAAAAUACUUUAUAAGUAUAAUAAACCUUUACAAAGAGAAAUUCAACAAUGGUGUCAAGCAGACGACCAGCAAGGUUUCAAAAGCCCGAUUUCAUGCAGACCAAACCAAUCGGAGAAGAAAAGCUGGAAGUGUUAAGGGUUGCUGCUGCUGCUGUUUUUCUUAACGAACAAAAUCCUGAAGGGGAAUCCUCGUUUCAGGAACAGGAAGUGAUGACUAAUACUGGAUAUGGAAAAAAUGUGAGGGACGAAACAGAUAACAAUGACAAUGGAAUGGAACUGCUGGCAACAGUUGCAACUAGAAUUAUUAGGAAGAGGGUGGAGAAGAAGAAGCUGAGGAAGGAGAAGUUGAGGAAGAAGAAGCUGCCACUGCCACUGGACUUAAGAUGGGGGAAUCAAAAACUGAGGGCCUUCUCGUAGGGAUUAAAGAAAACAACACCCCCUGAUGAAGAAUCACAGUGCUUUCGCGAAUAAAAAAAAUCAAUUUGUACUGAAUAAUGUUUCAAAGAGUCCUUAAUUAAUGUUCUCGUGUCAAAUUGAGAUACAUGAAUUAUAUUUGACUCAACCAACAGAGAAAAAUAGAGGUGAAAGAAAAAACUACACAUGAUUCGAUCUCAUAACUAACUCUAUCUGCUUGAGUUCGGAUGAUUGUGUAGUAUUUCAUUUGAUGUAAUAAAUUAUCUAUAUUAAUUUAUAUAUAAAUAAAUAAUUAUAUGUA